AAAGCAGGGCGUGAAUUUCUCAAAUCCACCAUCUCGGUGACCCCCAGCAGGGUGGUGGCGCUCGGGGGAAGCGUCACCAUCCACUGUGAGGGUUGGCAACGAUCCAUGGAGUUCUUCCUGCAUAAAACUGGACACCCGAACCUGGAGGUGCAGUCGGUGCCUGAUGGGCCCGUGGCUGAAUUUCCCAUCCCCAGUGUCAGCCGGGAAGAUGGAGGGAGCUACACCUGCGACUAUCACUCCAUAACGGAUCAGAGUCGCUGGUCGUAUCCCAGCGACCCCGUCGAGAUCAUUGUAGCAGGCCUUCUCCCAAACAUCCCGGCACUGACGCUCGUUCUCAUCCCAUUGAGGGAACUGACCCAGCUGGGCCCCAGCAGCCGGAUCCCCCACUCACGGAGCCGGAGCGAGAAGGCCCUGAUGGACACUGGUUCUAUUUCCACAGGGGGAACCGACCUGAUCCAGCCUGGAGCGGUGCUGGAUCCCACCCACCUGGGCAGCAAAGGGCCAGGGCGUGAAUACCCCAAACCCACCAUCUGGGUGAGCCCCAGCAGGGUGGUGGCGCUCGGGAGAAGCGUCACCAUCCGCUGUGAGGGUUUGUACCCGGGCAUGCAGUUCUUUCUGCGUAAAGCUGGACACCCGAACCUGCAGGUGUGGACAGUGCCUGAUGGGCCUGUGGCUGAAUUUCCCAUCCCCAGUGUCAGCCGGGAAGAUGGAGGGAGCUACACCUGCGAAUAUCGCUCCAUAACGGAACCGAGUCGCUGGUCGCAUCUCAGCGACUCCGUCGAGAUCAUUCACCAGGGCGUGUGGUUCGUGCUGAAUAAAGAGGGACGUCAUUUCCCACCUGUGGAUUCGGACGGGUUGGAGGCUGAGUUUCCCAUCAGCAACAUUCACCGGGAUCUUGGCGGGAGCUACAGCUGCUCCUAUCACAGCAAAUCGGAGCCAUUCAACGUGUCAGACCCCAGUGACCCCGUGGAGCUGGUGGAGCCCUUCAUCUCCUCGCAGCCCAGCGAUCCCGUGCAGCUGGUGGUAGCAGAGCCCUCUCUGCCCAAGCCCUCCAUCUCCGUCCGCCCCACCCGGGGGGUCACCCUCGGGGGACCUGCCACCAUCCUCUGCCGGGCUCGGUCCCAGAACGCCACCUUCCUUCUCUAUAAAGACGGACGCUACUGGGGGCGCAUGGCCCCCGCGGGGGACAUGGCCGAGUUCCCUGUGGCCGGCGCCAGAUGGGAAGAUGCGGGGAGCUACAGCUGCUCCUAUCACACCACGCGGGAGCCGGUUGCUGUGUCCCACCCCAGCGACCCCACGCGGCUGGUAGUGAGAGAUUACACCCAGGGCAACAUCGUCCGUCUGGCCCUGAGCACUGGGGUCCUGCUGGCCCUGGCGCUGAUCCUGGCCGAGGCUGCGCACGGCUGGAGGAGGGGCAGACGCUAGAGUCCAUCUAGAGGCUGCUGACCUAAAUUAACAUCGGGCCGACGGUGCACCAGCACUGGAGCUUCCCCUACUACAAGCUGAAAUUACUAAGAGCUGAAAUCACUAAAAGAGCUAAGCUCACUGAGCUGAGAUCACUGGGUGCUGUGUUAACUAGUGGGGGAGCCUGAAGAUCCAUCGCUAAGUGGCUGGCAGAGCGGAGCAGUUUGCAGCGUGUUGGAGCAGCCCAUGGAACAGUGAGCGGAGUGGAGUGGUUUGUGGGGACCGCUUAUGCGGUUCACGGGUCGGCUGGAGGAGCGGCACAGCUGGUGUAGUGGAGCCGGUCGUGGUGAAGGCUGCAGCAGAACUCCACGGAGAGGCGGAGCAGUCGGCCCUGGCCUACGUAAGGUGCCCCUCCACCAUUUCCACCCAGGCUCGGGGGGUAAAACUCUGCAGAUAAGCUUUUGAAAUCUGGGGCGGC